CGGAGCGGAUGACUAAGUGGACAAGCACAGGUGCAAACAGUGGAAACACAGCCGCCCGUCAAAAACCGCGGCACAAAAACAAAGCGUCACCAGCCACAUGUUUGUCGCCCUGGCCCCGAGGCCCCAGCCCAGCCGUCCCCAUAGUUCCUUUCUCCUUCCUCCUCUCCAGAUCCCAGCCCCCCACCACCAAACAUUGAUCUUGCGACGACCUUGAGAUGUGAAUACAACUUAAUGCGACAGACGUGAAUCCUAUGCGCAAUCUAUAAUUGUUAUCGUUGACCGCAAUGUCUCAUUCCCAAGAUGCCCGCCAUCGGCGGGUGGGUACCGGCUUCAGCUCGUCUGGGCAACGGACCGUCAUGGGGUACUGGGUACCUCUCGCCAUGACCGUCGGUAUUGCAGCAAUUGGGGUUGCGGCCUGGAUAUGGACUGAACGCAACGAAGGGGAUGACGAAGAUGACCGCGAUCAGCUUCGCCGUGGUGACCAGCAUCAACAACAACCUGCCAGUGGCCCCAGCGGAGUGUCAUUCCCACGCGGCGAAUUCGAAGGGGGCUACCCUCGAGCGACGGAUGCCGAUAUCCCUGGUGAUACUUCGGAGGAUGCUAGCAUGAUGGCUCGCAUGCAAGGAGCGUUGCGCCGGACACCGAGUCCCCAGCAGAUCUUUGAUGGCGCGAGCAAAAGGGUUGCCGCUGGAGUCGCGGCGGCUGGCGCUUUUGUGGGAGGUGCUUUGACCUCAAUCCGCGAGGAGAACAGGGGCGAUUUCGAGGACCAUUCCCGAUGGUCAGAGGAGGCGCAAUCUCGGGACCAACAAAGGAUCCAGACAGAUACGUCGGUGCUGCCAGCCGCGGCUACCCCAGCUCCAGCGCGCAAUAUUGCGGGCGCGGCAACAGGGGACAAAAGGAGAAAGACAGUUGUGGUUGUGGUAUCAUCGGAAUCGUCGCACCUCGGUCCAGAAGAUAUAAACUCCGACCAUGUUUCUAUCCUCUCGCAUCUCCCCGAACACAUCAACCCUGAUGACGCCAAGAUAUUCGUCCUUAUUUACGCGCCGGGCUUGAAGCACGCACCAAACCAAGGCAGCGCGUCUAAUACGCUGUCGGUUACAUCGUCAUACUCAAACAUUGCCCCCGAAGAAGCCACCGCAUCUGGUGAAGCUACUCCAGCAGAGCUGUUGACAUUGGAGCCCCGACAGGUCGAAGAGUCAGAGGGUGCGACGCCUCUUUUCAAUACCCUUUACACACAAGGCCAGGCUAUUGUUGAAAAGGAAACCAUGAUUAUGCCUUUCAACUCUCGUACCGGCUACGUGCAUCUUGUUCGCCAUCUCUCCCCCGAUACCGUCUAUGUUCAAGAGUCCUUGGCCGGCGAAGAUGGGAGCGCCGUGCAACAUAUAUCCGGAUGGGUCAGACAGGUUGUGGUCGUGGUUGGCGACGAGGGCGGCCGGGGCGGCCUGAUCGAUAGCGAUGAUGAGUCCACGCUUGCUGACAAGGACGAAAAAUGGUGGCGUAAAGAAGGCGUUACCGGGAUUGGAAAGCGCAUUGACGUGGUUGAUGUGCUCCGUGUUGGGGAUGACUGGCGGCGCAGGAUCAGUGGACACGAUUAGAUCUGUAAAUGAUCAUGGGAUGGCACGAGGUGGCUUUAUGAUGGUUAAUCUUUUUGGAUGUCUAUAUUGCGAUUCUUUGCUUGGUUUAUUCUGUCCUGGACAAUCAUGAUGUGAUUCCCCAGUUUGAUGAUUUUAGUCUUUUCCUCAAUGUCAUGUGCCUGUGGAUAAUGCAUGAUGACAAGGAACACAAACAAUUCUGCUAUACUUAUAAUGUGUAUGCUUUGUGGUCUUCAUACUCGACCACCAACCUGAAAAAUCACGUGCCCCGGAGCCCCAAUGCGGGCAUCACC